AUGUCGAAAAUACCCACAAAUCCUCCAGGCGACUCAAAUUCGAUGCCCCAGGCGGCGACCGCGCAACAACUAAACCGAUCAUGCGAAUCGUGUCGAGGACUCAAAGUCCGUUGCUUACCCGAUCCUUCGACGCCCAACCAAUGCCAACGAUGUGUGAAAGCCAACAGACCCUGUAUCUUCGUGGCGCCCCAAAGGCGCCGACCACGCAAGCGGACUGACUCGCGGGUCGCUCAGCUGGAGAGAGAGAUGCGACAAAUGCGCUCUCUGCUCAAGGACAGGUUACGCGUGGAUGAAAGCAGUGCCGAAAGCGUCGGCAGCGAAAGAGAGGACUCUCGGGAACCCGACCUGGGGCCGAGCAUCAAUGAUUCGAUGCCCGCAGGUUCAGAUCCUCCAAGCAGCGCAUCGGGAUCGGCUAGACCCAUGGACUUUUCACCUAGCUUCCCUUCAAACUCUCCAUAUCCCAAUACCUUUGACGGCGGUGCCACUCCCGGCUUAGCUUCCAAUCCUGUAUCGUCGAGCUAUUCGCUUGAAGCAACUCUAGAAAGGGAUGUCGUCGGUCAAGGCUUGAUAUCACUGGAAUACGCCAACGAUUUAGUCGCCUUCUUUAUCACUGAGCUCACAGCCUUUGCUCCAAUCGUCGUACUACCUCCAGAUACAACUGCUUACCAACUGCGUUGCUCGAAGCCGGUGCUGUUCCUCUCAGUCAUUGCCGCAGCAGCUGUCUCGUUGGAUGCCAACCUGGCCGCUGCUCUCAACCGUGAGAUGAUUCGAGUGUAUGCCGAACGCUUCUUCAUUAAUGGCGACAAGUCCUUGGAAUUAGUCCAGGCAUUGUUGCUCAUGAUUGUCUUCUACUUCCCGCCCGACUCUCCUUUGAAACUGCAAUUCUAUCAGUAUACUCAUAUAGCGGCCACGAUGGCCCUGGAGAUUGGCUUGGCUUCAAAACGACGAGUGCCCCAAAGCUCCAGUCGCAGAACGAAUAAAAAGACUGCAUAUGAUGAGCCAAUGGCGGAACAAGCGAGAGCCAUCUUGUUCUGCUAUCAUUUGACAUCCAUUGUCGCAAUGAAAACACGCCGGCCGAAUUUGCUUCUCUUCAACGACUGGAUGAGCGAGUGUGUGAAGCAUUUGGAGCGCUCGCCAAAUGCAGUCGAUAGACACAUGGCCACUUGGUUUGAGCUUCAGCGAGUAGUCGAUGAGGCGAUGACAUCUUUUGGGCUUGACGACACGAGUUCGACUGCCCCGCUCACCGAGUCGCGGCUGCAAGCCGUCCUGAGAUGGUUUGACAACCGGAUGCAGGCAUGGAAGAAAGAUCUAUCCAUGGAGAUGCACACAGUGCCCAUGAAUUUCGAGUACCAUUACACCAACCUCGCGAUCUAUGAGCUUGCUGUUGGAGAAGGCUAUCGAGAUCCUGAUGCGAUCAAGCAACAAUAUUAUACUCUCCCAUCACUGGAAAAGAGUGACAAGUCAAAAAGCGCGCCACUGAGUGCGGUCCGUGUAGACUUCACGAUCAAGUGGCUGAACGCCGCCCACGAGAUGCUCGACUUCUUCCUAGGCUGUGACACGGAGAUGCUGCGGAAGAUCCCCAACCUCAUCUACACCCGAGUCGGAGUGGCCAUCCUGUCUCUGCUCAAAAUAUACUUCUCCGUUAGAUCUGGCGCGCUAGGGGAGUUUGUGACUGCCGAGUCCAUAAAUGUCGAGAAAUACUUGGAUGCAAUGACCAGGCGACUAGCGGAGGCAAGCGGUGGUCAGAAAUACAAAAUCCCCAGCCGAUGGUAUCUCGUCGUUGCCAUUAAGGCUCGAAAUUGGUAUGACCGCUUUGAGCAGAAACAGAUGCAGAGAAAUGCUGGUUUCGUUCCUCAAUUGAGCGCUGGUACGCCAAUCUCUCCAAGUCAUACCGCCCCUCAGAAUCAGCUGCCAUUUGACCCAUCACAGCCAAAUGCGUCACUGGUAAUGAAGACGGAGUACUCCUCCAUGGUUCCUUUCCAGGCGAUGAAUGUGAAUUACGGCGUACCGCCGCCGACGGAUCAGAUAUGGCAACCCGACCAGAGCGGGGGUUACCCAAACAUGGUUCACAUGAAUACCUUUGCCGGCUAUCAGCCUGCAAUGUUGCCUCCUCACUAUGGAUAUGAUGUACAGCAACAGCGAACACCGCCAGAGAGCGGUCAGCAAGGAAACCCAUCACCGGCCAGAACGGGCAUGGAGCUUGAUGAGUGGAUGCCGGACGGCAGUAUUUUUGCGAUGCCCAGCUUGCCUGGAUUCUGAAAAGCAGUCGCCGGAAAGCCUUCGAAUCUAGAUAGAGAAGAUGGAUCACCUGGAAGUGGCCAUCUGUUUGCACACAUUAGCAUAGACAAGGAAAGCCCUCCCAAUCAUUUUCAUCCACCUGCCAUAUGGAGAGGCAGGCACGCCAGAAGGCCAGUAUUUGAUGAACAUUGCGACAAGAAGUCUUCAGGAUCGAGAGAGAACUCGAAUGAGAGCACACAGU